AUGAAAUUCAAAGGUAUUCACCUGCUAGGCGUUUUUAUCUAUGUUCAUUCUUAAGGGAUUUACUUGGUAGUGAAGAUUGGGCAAUUAGAUAUUAUGACAAUAAUCAAUAUGCUUACAUGGAUAUUAUUAAUAAUCAAAUAAAAGUAGUAUGGAAAGAAGUUGAGUUGGUAGAAGCAAAUGGUAGUAGUAUCUCUUCUUCAAAUAUAAUUAUUGGUUUUUCAACGCAUAAAGGAAGUCAUUAA